AUGCCCUUGAAGGUCAUCAGUGGGUGCCGAUCAACCGAGCGGGUGAACCAUCUCGCGGGCUCGGGGGAGGAGGAGUUGACCCCGCGCGUGGACCGCCUGAGCGCACUAUCCGAUGCGCUCCUGCACCACAUCAUGUUGUUCAUGGAGGUGUGGGAGGUGGUGCGCAUGUGCGUGCUCUCACAGCGGUGGCGCGACCUCUGGGCCUCUGCGCCCUGCAUCGAUGUCCGCGUCAGGCGGUACAGCGAUGCCCCUAGGGACUUCGCUAAGUUCGUGCACUGCCUGCUGCUCAUCGGGGAGGUUCUUGCGCUGGUGGACACGCUCCGACGGCGCUCGCCCAGUGAGGACGAUGAGGAUUUUGACGAUGACGAUGUUAAGAUGUGGAUUUGUAAUGCUAUCAAACGGAAGGCUAGGGUUAUUCAACUCAACGGGCAUCUCAAUUUGUAG